AUGCAAGAAUACACCCACACGGGACCUAUCGAUUGCAACAAGCCAAUCAAUGUGGAGAACCUGAAGGGUAAAACGGCAAUUGUCACUGGCGGCGCCAACGGCUUGGGAGAAGCCUACGUUCGGGCUCUAGUUGCCGCAGGAGUCAAAGUAUGCAUCGGUGACCCUGACGUUCAAAGGGGGAGCAAAUUGGAAAAAGAACUCUCUGGGACGAAAUUUAUCCGCUGCGACGUGGCCAAGUGGAGUGAUCAGGUCGACCUCUUUCGUCAAGCCGCCCUCUUCUCUCCAACAGGGAGGAUUUCCCAUGUCAUAGCCAACGCGGGUAUUCAUCGCGAGGACGAAGUCUUUUCAUACGCUGGUGACGACCAAGAGCCAGAAGAGCCCAAUUUGAGUGUCAUUGACGUCAACAUCAGGGGUGUGCUCUAUACCGCAAAAUUGGCCGCACACUAUUUCAUUCGACAGAAUGGCACAGAAGCAUCGGAAAAGCAGGAGGAUUCUUCUUUGGUUCUGAUCGGAUCGGGUGCGGCCUUCCUGGACUGUCCACGGAGUCCUCAGUACAGUGCGAGCAAGUGGGCCAUGCGCGGAAUUAUGCACUCGUUGAGAAGGACCGCUCAUUUCUACGGUAGUCGGGUGAACAUUAUCUCUCCAUGGUACGUCAAAACGAACAUUUUAUCUGAAGAUGUCUUCAACCAUGUAUCCAAUGUGGGAGUUGAGUUUGCAAAGGCCGAAGAUGCAGGCCAAUGCCUGCUGAGGAUUCUCGGCGACGUCAAUAUAAACGGACACUCGUUGUUCGUUUCAGGAAGGAAGUGGGCUCCAAAUGGAUACCUUGAUCUCGAUCUGGAGGAUUACCCGCAGAAUGCACUGAUCCAGGAGAUACAAGAAGAUCAAAUGAAAUCGGCACCUGUCUCUCUGGGCUUGUUUGCGUGA